AUGAAGUCGUACAUUCUUGGUUCCCUUCUGGCUGUGGCGGUCUCCGCCAUUCCCAUGCCAGCUCCGACUCCGCCGGGAAUCCCUUCGGCUUCGACGGCCAAGAGCCAGCUGGCUGCUCUCACUGUCAAGGCCUCGUAUGACGACGGCGCCUACAGCCGCGAGAAGUUCCCUCACUGGCAAACGGCUAGCGGCACCUGCAACACCAGGGAGUACGUCCUCAAGCGUGACGGCAGCAACGUCGUCACCAACGACGCCUGCACCGCUACCUCAGGCACCUGGUUCUCUCCCUACGACGGCGCCACCUGGACAGCCGCCUCCGACGUCGACAUUGACCACAUGGUCCCUCUCAAGAACGCCUGGAUUUCCGGCGCCAACAGCUGGUCAACCGCCAAGCGCACGCAGUUCGCCAACGACAUCGACAUCCCGCAGCUGUGGGCGGUGACGGACAACGUCAACCAGGCCAAGAGCGACCAGUCGCCCGACAAGUGGAAGCCGCCCCUCAGCUCCUUCUACUGCACCUACUCCAAGAGCUGGGUCAACGUCAAGUACUCGUACGGCCUGAGCAUCACGUCGGCCGAGAAGUCGGCGCUGACGAGCAUGCUGAACUCGUGCUGA